AUGAAGUGUCUUUUCUUUUUGACCGUUUUCGGUAUCUUAGGCUAUUUGAUGAAUUCAGUAUUUUAUACUUGGUUACCAACUAAUUAUAUUUUUGAUCCAAAAACAUUGAAUGAAAUUUGUAACACUGUUUUAGCUACUCAUAACAGUUCUUCCCCAGACUUCUCCACUGAAGCUUUAUUGAGAGAUGUUAGAGAUGGUCUAGCUGCUCAUUAUGGUGAUGAAUAUAUUAACAAGUACAUCGAAGAAGAAUGGGUUUUCAACAACGCAGGUGGUGCAAUGGGUCAAAUGAUCAUCUUGCAUGCUUCAGUCACUGAAUACGUUAUUCUAUUUGGUUCUGCUGUUGGUAAUGAAGGUCAUACCGGUGUUCAUUUUGCCGAUGAUUACUUCACUAUCUUACACGGUUUCCAAUAUGCCGCUUUACCAAAUGCAACACUACCAGAAGUUUACGCUCCAGGUAUGACUCAUCAUUUGAAGAAAGGUUAUGCCAAGCAAUACGCUAUGUCUCAAGGUGCCUUUGCCUUAGAGUUAGCUCAAGGUUGGAUCCCAUGCAUGUUGCCAUUCGGUUUCUUAGACACUUUUUCAUCAACCUUAGAUCUAUACACUCUUUACAGAACCGUUUACCUCACCGGAAGAGAUAUGAUCAAGAAUUUGAUUGUCAACAGAAAGUUUUAG